AUGCGGCUACGUGGAGCAGACCGAGCUACAGGACCGAGCUGCAGGACCGAGCUACAGGACCGAGCUGCAGGACCGCGCACCGCAGAUCAUCGCUGGACAACAUUGGAUCACACAAAGGCGCCCAACGAUCGAGCCGAUUUGACUGCGCAAAGAGACUUUGGAAACGUGGAGCCCGUACACGAGCCACGGUGUGGAGCGGUGGUUGCGGUUAUAUGCGGCUACGUGGAGCAGACCGAGCUACAGGACCGAGCUGCAGGACCGAGCUACAGGACCGAGCUGCAGGACCGCGCACCGCAGAUCAUCGCUGGACAACAUUGGAUCACACAAAGGCGCCCAACGAUCGAGGUUCACUUUCCAUCCACUAUAGCCAGAGGAGGAGCCUGGUUCUUUCUGACACGGAUGGGAUGCAACCAGGGCUUCAGCGACAUCUUCAAACUCAUGGUCUGA